CUUCUAUGUUUUAGUGCAAACAAUAGACUCUAUUUAAUUAAGUAUACGCAACCGUUUCAAAGCGCCUUAUGAAUUUUACAGAGCAGCCUGAAAGUAUGCAACACGAAGAAUCGCAAAGCAACACGUCAAGAACAAUGACGAGCUGGGAUGGCAGCAACGAUUCGCUGACAGCAUCCACAGCAUCGCUGCAACAACAACGAAGUGAAACAACACCACGAGCUGGACCAGGACUUUUGCUAUUUCCCGGUACCGCUCAAAGGCAUCAUGAAAAUCAGGCAUCGAAAGCGAAUUCGACAACACUAAAUGCGAAUGCAAAUGCGAAUGUGAAUGUGAAUGCGAAUGAGAACGAAGUGGUCAUUAAUCAACGGAAACCGUAUAGCAUUCGCAGCUUUCGCCGUCCUCCGCUUUGGCAGCCCCCGCCGGCCAAGCAAACAAAGGCGGCGACAAAGGAGGCAGAGACGCCGCAGGACGGAAUUGAGAAUACAGCUUACAUAGCAAAAGCGCAGGCAUUCAUAAUCGAGUUUCUGCAAGGCUCGUCUAUACACGGUUUCAUCUAUCUGGCGAAAUUCGGGCUCAACUUUUUGGAGCGCAUGCUCUGGUUUGCAUUCAUAUGCGUUGCCCUCUUCAGCAUCAUCUCGCUGAGCCAACGCACUUGGCAGCGUUUCCAGACCUCGCCCAUGGUCAUCUCCAUGGAUCGCAACAAACUUGUGUGGAACACCAGCUUUCCAUCGCUGACCGUCUGUCCGCAUAAGCGCAUCGAUGAACUCAAAGUGGAUGACUAUAUACUUGCACACAUCGAGGAGUUCGAGGAUGACGAGGAUAAGGACAAUUUCCGGGACUUUAUUGAGAAACUUGCCAGUCUCACAUAUGACAAUUUGGAAACUCUGCCACUGAACAAGUCGUAUGGCAUCGAUAGCAGCAAUUACUUGGAUAUACUCUAUGAACUGAAAUGGCCCUUCGAACCGGAAAUCAGCAGCGGCGCCGCCGUCAAAAUGUUCAUCUACGAGACACAAACGGAGUUUGGCAUUUGCCACUCGGUCAAUUCUCUGGUCGCCAGAUACAACUCUUUUCAAUAUUGGCGUGCUAACGACUGGAAUCUGCUGGAUCAUGGGGAUCGAGUGACAGUUCAUCCGCUGGAUGGCGAGAUCUAUGCCCAGAUUAUUAAUCUCUCCACUGCUUACGAUGUCUACUUCCAUGGACCUGGCGAUGUGCCCAGCAUAUCGAAGCAACGUUACACUUUUCCCGAAAGCGAUUACACAACCGUGGAGCUAAUUGCUCUCGAAAUCUAUACGAAUGAGGAGGCGAGAGCGUUCACCACGAAACAGCGCAAGUGCCGCUUUCAAUACGAGGCCGACGAUAUGCAGACGGUGCCCAUUUAUAGCUUUGGUCUCUGCCUCUCCGAGUGUCGAAUGUUCUUUGCACUUCGCAUCUGCGGUUGUAUUCCGCACUUUUAUCGCAAUCGCUUACGCAGUGGUCGUCGCUUGCCGGUCUGUGGUCUGGAAGGCAUCGGUUGCUUGGUCAAAAUUAAACUUGUAGUUGGUCAGUAAAGAUACCAAAAGUUCCCCGAAGGAAUGUGACACUCAAAUAUUAAUGAAUAUCAAGUAGCUCGGCACUAAUCGCACAUAACAAAAUCCAUUUAUUAAUUUAAAAAUUUUCAAAUUUUUCUUCCUACUGCCUGUCGCAAAACAGGCGAAAUUAUAUCCUUAAAGUCGGACAAAUAUAAAAUCAAUUGCAAUUGCUUGAGCAACUGUGAUGACUCCAACUUCUUUGUACAAUCCUAUAGGUCGCGCGUCUGGUUCCUGGGCGCUAAUCUACAAUGGGGCAUUAUUGAUUAUCCCAAAAUGCAGCUGCGUCGCGAUGUGCUCUUCUCCUUCGCCGACGUCUUGGUUUAUAUUGGCGGUCUGGUUGGUUUCUUCCUCGGUUGCAGUGCGCUCAGCUUUACGGAGAUUAUAUAUUAUUUUACGGCACGUCUGGUGCGUCGCAUGUUCUCCAAUUAAAUGUUACUACAAUUCAAAACUCUCAUUGCAAAUAAAAUGAAAACAUUGUUUAUAGGC